AUGCUCCCAAGGAUCAAUGCACUCGUCAGCGCUUCACUGCUUGUGCUUAGCAACUCAAUAUCGGGCAGCUUUCAACAGGGUGGAACUGUCACUGUCAAAUAUACCGCAAGUCUUGGUGACAGCGUCCAAUGCCUUGACCAGAUCAACACUGCCCGAGGGGCGGCCGGGUUGCCCAACUUCACAGAGGCCACAGACACGAAUACACUGCCUUCGCCGGGUGCACAAGAGCUCCAACAAGGAAGCGAAUGGCGAAAACUUUGUGAACACUUAAUACCCACACAAGAAGCGAACUACCAAGCGGCCACCAAAGCGGAUAAUCCGUUCAAGGAUGGAACAUAUGCAUUCAAAUCUCUCACUGGUGCGCAGUUCAGCUGCAACGACACAGUUGACUACUGGAAGGCAUCAUUCAAAAACUUCACUGGACUUCCGCCGUCAAAAAGUCAAGCCAACGGCCUGUACGACAAACAAGACAACGCUUCAUUCGUGGCCUUGUACAAUCCCUCAUCCAAUGCCACCGCAGACUGCAAGUUUGUGGUGUGCACUAAAACAACAACAGACGCUGGAGAUGACGCUGAAGACACUCGAGUUGUACAAAGCUCACAAAGUGGCUAUGCGUUGAUUUGCAAGACGAUGCCAGCGGCGUUUGCAGAUGAAAAUACCGCCCCUUUCACGCAACAACAAUGGGACGCGAUCGUCUCCUCCCUCACAGGUUCUGCAACGUUCCCAGUCCCAAGCCUUGUUGGUGUUGCCCUCAUCGCGGUUGGCGUCACAGUUGUGUGA